GAGAGGAGAUUUAAGAGGUCUAGAUUCGCUGUCCGGCUUUAAUAAAGAAGCUAGACGUUUAUGGUGCUGCGGGACAUUUAAACAGCGAUCCAGGACUGCGGGUUGUGAGUUAAGCUGAGGUGCGAAUCAAGAUAUCUGGAGUUGCAAUGAGUUCCAAAGUGGAGUACAAACCAAUACAGCCUCAUGAAGAAGCAGAAAAUCAUUUUCUCCAGCAUGAACUUCACAAAGUAAAAGCUCGCAAGUACUACCGAUGCGCACUUGUCGUCGCAAUUAUUAUCACCCUCGUGUUCUGUAUCUUGGCUUCUCAGCUCCUUCUCUUUCCCUUUUUGUCCAUUACUUCUCAAACAACUGAGACAGUGCUGAACAAGGACAUCCGAUGUGAUGAUCAAUGCAGGUUUGUUCUGGUAGAGAGCAUCCCUGAGGGAUUGGUGUAUGACGCCAACUCUACGAUAAAUCCGUCAAUUUUCCAGUCCUGGAUGAACAUUAUUACUAAUGCUAAAAGCAGCAUUGACAUUGCGUCCUUUUACUGGUCUCUGACCAACGAGGACACACAAACUAAGGAGCCCUCAGCACAUCAGGGAGAAUUGAUCCUUCAAGAGCUUCUGAAUCUAAAGCAGAGGGGAGUGUCAUUAAGAGUUGCUGUCAACCCUCCAGACUCCCCCAUAAGGUCCAAAGACAUUUCUGCUCUAAAAGACAGGGGAGCAGAUGUACGUGUGGUAGACAUGCCAAAGCUGACAGAUGGCAUUCUGCAUACUAAAUUUUGGGUUGUUGACAAUGAACAUUUCUACAUUGGUAGUGCUAAUAUGGACUGGAGAUCUCUAACACAGGUGAAAGAACUUGGUGCCACCAUAUAUAACUGCAGCUGCCUAGCCCAAGAUUUGAAGAAAAUCUUUGAAGCGUAUUGGAUCCUUGGGUUACCCAAUGCAACUUUGCCAUCCCCAUGGCCGGCUAAUUAUUCAACACCAUACAAUAAAGAUACACCAAUGCAAGUAAUGCUGAACAGCACAGCAUCUCAGGUUUAUCUUUCAAGCUCACCACCCCCUCUUUCAGCAACUGGGAGAACUGAUGAUCUCCAGUCCAUUAUGAACAUUAUAGACGAUGCCAAGAAAUUUGUAUAUAUUUCUGUCAUGGAUUACUCACCCACAGAGGAAUUCUCCCAUCCCAGGAGAUACUGGCCUGAAAUUGACAACCAUUUGAGGAAAGCCGUCUAUGAAAGGAAUGUUAAUGUCCGCUUGUUGAUCAGCUGCUGGAAAAACUCUCGACCUUCCAUGUUCACCUUCCUUAGAUCCCUGGCUGCUUUGCAUAGUAACACAAGCCAUUACAACAUUGAAGUGAAAAUAUUUGUGGUCCCAGCAACUGAGGCACAAAAGAAGAUCCCAUAUGCCAGAGUGAAUCACAAUAAGUACAUGGUGACAGACAGAGUGGCUUAUAUUGGUACAUCUAACUGGUCUGGGGACUAUUUCAUAAAUACAGCCGGCUCAGCAUUGAUAGUGAACCAGACACAGUCUGCUGGCACUUCAGACACUAUCCAAAUGCAACUACAAACUGUGUUUGAAAGAGACUGGAAUUCAAAUUACAGCCUGACAUUUAACACUUUAAGUUCAUGGAAGGAAAAGUGUAUCUUUUAGGUCUGCGGUAAAAAGUGUAUCUUGUGAUGCUAGAAAGCAGGGGUAACCUCUGCAAUUUUCUGGUGGGAGGGAAUGUGUGGUAAAGGAUUUGAAAAUACUACCUGAGGGGGGACAACAGGGUUAUAGUCCUUUUCAAUACAGAAAAUUGGUAAAGGGCCUUUUCAGUGGGGUAAAAUGUUGAUCAAAGCUGAAGGCCAGAAAUAAUUUGGCACAGCCAAACAAUAGCUCAAAUGUACAAAAUGUUCAGACUUAUACUGCACUGCACUUUACAUGUAUGUAUGGACUCAAUGCAGCCUUUAUAAGGGCCACUCCGUUUUAUUUGGCUAAUAGGAAAAGAGAAGUGACGUGUUCUUCACCAUAUGGUUCGCUAUCGACACGAGGAAUCACCAAGCCAGUCAAUGCUUAACAAACUGGAGUUUAAUCUAAAAUGUGGAUACUGUGGAGUAUAACACUUUUGUUUAGGGUAGUCACAUGCACCCAAAGUAUACCCAGAGGCUCACUCUUGUAUACUACUACAGAUAUUAUUAUUCUGAGUCUUAACUUCUCUUAGCUCAGCUCUACAACUUAGUACAAUACAUGUAAGAUGGUGUUCUGGCUACCCUAUCCGUUAUACUAACCUGCCUGUAAUCCCUUCUUACACUUGAUUUUAAGCAGUUCCAUCCUCCUGCAACUGAGAUAAGCUCCACCUUUUAACCAGUUAUUGGUUGAUUUUGAAAUUUUCUAUAAACUUUAAUAAAGACUAAUAAAUUUAACAAA